AUGACAGCCGAUCAGAAAGAAGCUACUGCUGAAAUUGCAGAGAAGAGAAAAGAAGAAGGCAACUCAUUUUUUAAGACUGCUGCCUAUCCAGAUGCUCUGCUUUGUUAUGAAGAUGCAAUACGGAUGUGCCCAACCCAUGCUCCAUAUUAUGGUAACCGUUCUGCUACAUAUAUCAUGAUGUCCAAGUAUUCAGAAGCCCUUGCAGAUGCAAGAAUUGCAGUCUCUUUAGAUGAUACUUUUGUCAAGGGACACUUAAGAGAAGCCAAAUGUCAUCUUAUGCUUGGUGAGUCCAGUGCAGCCAUCCGCAGUUAUGAAACUGUUUUGCAGCUGGAACCUUCUAAUUUAAUUGCAUUAAAAGAGAUAAAACUUGCCCAGCAGAUGCAAGAAUUUGAAAAUAUGGCAGAAGGUGAUUUUAUUAAACAAGAUUACAGGAGGGCAGUCUAUUGUAUUGACAGAUGCUUGGAUUUAUCUUCAAGUUGUCUAAAAUUCAAAAUAAAAAAAGCUGAGGCUCUUUGUCUUCUUGGUAGACUUCAGGAAUCACAGGAGUUAGCAAAUGAUGUCUUACAACGGGAUAAUAUGAAUGCUGACGCUUUGUUUGUGCGUGGCAUGUGUCUGUAUUACCAAGAUAGCAUUGAGAAAGCAUUCCAACAUUUCCAGCAGGUCUUGAAGUUGGUACCAGAUCAUCACAAAUCUAAAGAAGUAUACAAACGAGCAAAAUCCAUGCUGAGUAAAAAGGAGGAGGGGAAUCAAGCAUUCCGAUUUGGGAAUUUAGAAGAAGCAUAUAAACUUUAUUCAGACGCAUUACUCAUUGAUCCCCAUAAUAAGUACACAAACUCUAAAUUAUACUUUAAUCGAGCAACUGUUUGUUCAAAGCUUAACAAAUUAGAAGAAUCUGUUUGCGAUUGUACAAAAGCUAUUGAGUUAGAUGACUCUUAUAUAAAGGCAUAUCUCAGACGAGCAAAAUGCUACACAGACUUGGAAAAAUAUGAAGAAGCUGUCAGAGACUAUGAGCAAGUUUACAAAUUAGAUAAAAGCAAAGAAAAUAAACAGAUAUUACUAGAAGCGAAGCGAAUGCUGAAGAAAAGUAAGAGAAAAGACUACUACAAAAUUUUGGGAGUCAACAAGUCUGCAUCAGAAGAAGAGAUUAAAAAAGCUUAUAAGAAACGUGCUUUGGUUCAUCAUCCAGAUCGCCAUUCACAUGAUCCUCCCGAAGUUCAGAAGAGUGAAGAGGCUAAAUUUAAAGAAGUUGGUGAGGCCUUCAAUGUACUUUCAGAUGUUAAGAAGCGAGCAAGAUAUGACAAUGGCUUUGAUAUGGAUGAUAAUGAUAUUGCCUUUGAUCAAAUUGAUCCCACUCAAAUAUUUGCCACUUUCUUUGGCAACCAAGGCUGUGCAUUCCGUGGAGCUACUGGAGGUUUUCCUGGUGGCCAGGGUUUCUCUGGUUUCACUUUCCAGUUUGGAUGA